AUUUUUAGGCAGGUAGUCGGGCGGCUGCGUCCCUUUUCAGAGAAAGAAUAAAUACGAUACAGAAAAAAAGGACAACGUCUUUCAAGGUUGAAAUCCCUUUGGGGAAAAAGGGUCAGCCAAGAUGGCGAUGAAUCUUGGGUUAACGGCUCUUCUGAGCUGGGUCAACAGCUUAAAACUGUCUGAGCGCGAUAUGACUGUCGACGAUUUACAAGAUGGGACAGUCUUACUGAAAGUUGUUUAUAUGCUGAAAAAGGAACCCAACUCCUGUGUCAGUAAUACUAUCAAGGAUCGAUUCCAGUUCAUUGCAGACUUUGUGGAAAGGGAUUGCAGAUUUAAUGCAGCCAAAGGCACUUCAUUAUCUUGGGACAACAUAAAAGAUGGGAUGCAUCUCACAGUAGAAAUUUCAAAGGUGCUUUUGUUGCUUGUGUACUACGAUAUGAUGAAUGACCGCUGCACUCUGAACAUGAUGGAAUGUGAAUCGGAGCGAGAGAUAGCAAACCUAACUGGUUGCUAUGUAAUGGAGAGUGACGGCUGCGUUUAUCUGAACAAAGAACUUGAUGCCUAUUUAGGAAGAAGAUUUGAGCGACGACGACCAUUGUACUCGUCCAGUGACGACUCCCCUGUCGUGCACCGCAGACAGAAAGUCUCAUUUAUGGACAUGCAAACUGUGGCUUCUUCUUCAACCAGCAAGUCUCCUCUGCAGGAUAUCAUGAACACACCUACAUUUCAGCUGAGGAAGAUGCAACGAGAGAUGAUCAAGGAGAGAGACUACAAAGAUGGGUUGGUGCGGGAGCUGGCCAGCAAUCUUGCACUCCUUUCACAAAGAGACUCCCAUAUUAGACAGUUGCAGUACCGCCUGGAAAAGCUGAAAGCAUCUCAUGGUGAUCGUGAAAAUGUUAUCGGGCAACAAAUCAAUGAGCUUCAGACCAAGAAAAACACGUUACAAAUGCGUCUUAAUGAGAUGUUAAAGGAAAAUAAAGACCUCAAGGGUAACACCUCACUUAUGGAACGCAAAGUUGAUGAGCUGGCGGAUGAAAAUGGUGUACUGUCAUCCCAGGUGAGAACCGCGCGUUCACAGCUUGCCUACUUUGAGACAGAAGUUGGCAGGCUGAAUGAAACCCAAGCAUCUUCAAAGAAGGAGUGGACCAGUGAAACAGGCCAACUGCAGUCUGAACUUAAGCAAGCUACCGCUCAAAAGGAGCUUCUGGGUGAACAACUUCAGAUUCUGCAGGGAAAGAUUUCCUGUUUGGAGGAUGACAUAAACAUGGCCACUAAGGAAGAAGUAGGAGAGAAUAUGGGACCUAUAAUGGAGAAAGAUCUCCUUAACACGCUCAGAGAAGAAAUUGACAUUCUUACACAUGAAACCAUGAACAACAAAAAUGAAAUUCAAGCCAAAGAGGAAAAGCUUGCCAAAUUACUUCUUGAGAAGUCUAAUGAGCAAAACAUUUUUCAAAAAGAAAUCCAGGCCCUUAACGUCCGAGUGGAAGACCUUAGUUCAUCUCUCAAACGGGCUGAACAGGAAAUUAGACUUAAGCAGGAGCUACUGGCUAAAACCCAACAUGAAAAUGUACAACACAUUUUGCAGAUUGAGGCACUUGGAAAGCAAAGAGCAGUUCUUGAGGAGGAGGUCAAUUGGCUUAGGGAGGAGACAACAACUAAAGAAAGCAAGUUGGAACUGUUAAAGGUUGAGAACGGCAAGGAGUCAGAAAUGCUGCAGAACGAAAUCCAAACUCUUAGGGACCAAGUCCAAAGGUUGACCGAUUCCCUAAAGACUACAGUAGAGCAGGCUCAGGCUAAAGAAAACCUUCUGACUCUGAAAGAAAUUGAGAUUUCUCAGGAAAAUGAUAAAUUUCAAGACAUGAUGACAAACUCUGCAAAGGAGAUACAAGGUCUUAGGGAGCAGAUCCAGGCUAAAGAGGAACAUAUGGUCAAGCUAGAGCAAGAGGGCUCCACACAGUCGGACAUGCUACAGCAGGAGAUCAAAUGUCUCAAAAACCAACUCGCUGAUAUGGGUGACUCUCUCACAGAAGCUCAAGAGAAGGUUCAGACUCAGCUAGUCAUGCUCACCAAGCAGGAGCAGGAGAGCGCUGAUCAGAAGGAGCUUAUGCAGCAUCAACUAUCAGCUUCUGAGGAAGAGGUGAGGAAGAUGAAGGAGGAGAUCCAAGCAACCGAGGAACAGGUAAUACUUCUAAAAAGUGACGGCUCAGAGCAGUCCGAUUUGCUACAUCAAGAGAUCACAAUCCUAAAAAUGCAAGUUGAGACUCUUGGCUCCUCGCUGAGGAAGGCUGAGGAAGAUGUGCACUCAAAGGAAGAUCUGUUGGCUCAAAAAGAGCAAGACAAUAUUCAACAGGGGGAGACUCUCCAAAGCCUACAGGAGAAAGUCAAACAAGUGGAGAUUCUACAAGAACAGAUUUCCUCACGCGAAGAUGAGAUUCAAAACUUAAAAGAAUCUCAGAGUGAGAAAGAGAGCCAUAUCCUCAAGGCUGAGGAGAAGCUUCAGAUCCUCCAGACAGAGUUGUGUGCAUUCAACCAACUCUUGACGGACAAAGACCAACAUCUGAACACUCUCAGAGAGGAGGUCACUGCCCAAGCUAAUUUGAUUCAAAAAACAAGAGAGGAAGCUGAAGCCAAAGAGAAAAUGCUGACCGAUAUAAAGGAGGCGUGUUCCAACCAGACGGAUGACCUUCAACACGAGAUACAGGUUCUGAAAGAGAACGUUGAAACCACAUCUCAGGGUCUUCUUGAUAAAGAGCAGAUGUUACUUGAAGCUCAGAAGGAGUCUUCUGAGCAGACGGGGCUCCUUCAGCAGCAGCUGGCGUCAGUAAAUGCAGAGCUGGACCAAUACAAAGAGACACAAGCUGUAGAAAUCCGAGUGAAAGAGACUGAACAGGCUGCCACUUUCAGAGAAAAGGAGGCUCUGGUUCAGGAAAAAGAAGUACUCAUGGCCAGGAUACUGCAGACGGAAAACAAUCAGAAAGCUCUGGAGAAACAACAUGAAGCUGUGGUGUUUGAGAAGGAUAGACUCGCUCAAGCCACGCAGGCCAUGGAGAGAGACGACAAGGAAGAUGAGAUUCAAAAAUUAAAAGAAUCUCAGAGUGAGAAAGAGAGCCAUAUCCUCAAGGCUGAGGAGAAGCUUCAGAUCCUCCAGACAGAGUUGUCUGCAUUCAACCAACUCUUGACGGACAAAGACCAACAUCUGAACACUCUUAGAGAGGAGGUCACUGCCCAAGCUAAUUUGAUUCAAAAAACAAAAGAGGAAGCUGAAGCCAAAGAGAAAAUGCUGACCGAUAUAAAGGAGGCGUGUUCCAACCAGACGGAUGACCUUCAACACAAGAUACAGGUUCUGAAAGAGAACGUUGAAACCACAUCUCAGGGUCUUCUUGAUAAAGAGCAGAUGUUACUUGAAGCUCAGCAGAAGUCUUCUGAGCAGACGGGGCUCCUUCAGCAGCAGCUGGACCAAUACAAAGAGACACAAGCUGUAGAAAUCCGAGUGAAAGAGACUGAACAGGCUGCCACUUUCAGAGAAAAGGAGGCUCUGGUUCAGGAAAAAGAAGUACUCAUGGCCAGGAUACUGCAGACGGAAAACAAUCAGAAAGCUCUGGAGAAACAACAUGAGGCUGUGGUGUUUGAGAAGGAUAGACUCGCUCAAGCCACGCAGGCCACGGAGAGAGACGACAAGGAAGAUGAGAUUCAAAAAUUAAAAGAAUCUCAGAGUGAGAAAGAGAGCCAUAUCCUCAAGGCUGAGAAGAAGCUUCAGAUCCUCCAGACAGAGUUGUCUACAUUCAACCAACUCUUGACGGACAAAGACCAACAUCUGAACACUCUUAGAGAGGAGGUCACUGCCCAAGCUAAUUUGAUUCAAAAAACAAGAGAGGAAGCUGAAGCCAAAGAGAAAAUGCUGACCGAUAUAAAGGAGGCGUGUUCCAACCAGACAGAUAACCUUCAACAUGAGAUACAGGUUCUGAAAGAGAAAGUUGAAACCACAUCUCAGGGUCUUCUUGAUAAAGAGCAGAUGUUACUUGAAGCUCAGCAGGAGUCUUCUGAGCAGACGGGGCUCCUUCAGCAGCAGCUGGCGUCAGUAAAUGCAGAGCUGGACCAAUACAAAGAGACACAAGCUGUAGAAAUCCGAGUGAAAGAGACUGAACAGGCUGCCACUUUCAGAGAAAAGGAGGCUCUGGUUCAGGAAAAAGAAGUACUCAUGGCCAGGAUACUGCAGACGGAAAACAAUCAGAAAGCUCUGGAGAAACAACAUGAGGCUGUGGUGUUUGAGAAGGAUAGACUCGCUCAAGCCACGCAGGCCACGGAGAGAGACGACAAGGAAGAUGAGAUUCAAAAAUUAAAAGAAUCUCAGAGUGAGAAAGAGAGCCAUAUCCUCAAGGCUGAGAAGAAGCUUCAGAUCCUCCAGACAGAGUUGUCUACAUUCAACCAACUCUUGACGGACAAAGACCAACAUCUGAACACUCUUAGAGAGGAGGUCACUGCCCAAGCUAAUUUGAUUCAAAAAACAAGAGAGGAAGCUGAAGCCAAAGAGAAAAUGCUGACCGAUAUAAAGGAGGCGUGUUCCAACCAGACGGAUGACCUUCAACAUGAGAUACGGGUUCUGAAAGAGAAAGUUGAAACCACAUCUCAGGGUCUUCUUGAUAAAGAGCAGAUGUUACUUGAAGCUCAGCAGGAGUCUUCUGAGCAGACGGGGCUCCUUCAGCAGCAGCUGGCGUCAGUAAAUGCAGAGCUGGACCAAUACAAAGAGACACAAGCUGUAGAAAUCCGAGUGAAAGAGACUGAACAGGCUGCCACUUUCAGAGAAAAGGAGGCUCUGGUUCAGGAAAAAGAAGUACUCAUGGCCAGGAUACUGCAGACGGAGAACAAUCGGAAAGCUCUGGAGAAACAACAUGAAGCUGUGGUGUUUGAGAAGGAUAGACUCGCUCAAGCCACGCAGGCCAUGGAGAGAGACGACAAGGAAGAUGAGAUUCAAAAAUUAAAAGAAUCUCAGAGUGAGAAAGAGAGCCAUAUCCUCAAGGCUGAGAAGAAGCUUCAGAUCCUCCAGACAGAGUUGUCUACAUUCAACCAACUCUUGACGGACAAAGACCAACAUCUGAACACUCUUAGAGAGGAGGUCACUGCCCAAGCUAAUUUGAUUCAAAAAACAAGAGAGGAAGCUGAAGCCAAAGAGAAAAUGCUGACCGAUAUAAAGGAGGCGUGUUCCAACCAGACAGAUAACCUUCAACAUGAGAUACAGGUUCUGAAAGAGAAAGUUGAAACCACAUCUCAGGGUCUUCUUGAUAAAGAGCAGAUGUUACUUGAAGCUCAGCAGGAGUCUUCUGAGCAGACGGGGCUCCUUCAGCAGCAGCUGGCGUCAGUAAAUGCAGAGCUGGACCAAUACAAAGAGACACAAGCUGUAGAAAUCCGAGUGAAAGAGACUGAACAGGCUGCCACUUUCAGAGAAAAGGAGGCUCUGGUUCAGGAAAAAGAAGUACUCAUGGCCAGGAUACUGCAGACGGAAAACAAUCAGAAAGCUCUGGAGAAACAACAUGAGGCUGUGGUGUUUGAGAAGGAUAGACUCGCUCAAGCCACGCAGGCCACGGAGAGAGACGACAAGGAAGAUGAGAUUCAAAAAUUAAAAGAAUCUCAGAGUGAGAAAGAGAGCCAUAUCCUCAAGGCUGAGAAGAAGCUUCAGAUCCUCCAGACAGAGUUGUCUACAUUCAACCAACUCUUGACGGACAAAGACCAACAUCUGAACACUCUUAGAGAGGAGGUCACUGCCCAAGCUAAUUUGAUUCAAAAAACAAGAGAGGAAGCUGAAGCCAAAGAGAAAAUGCUGACCGAUAUAAAGGAGGCGUGUUCCAACCAGACGGAUGACCUUCAACAUGAGAUACGGGUUCUGAAAGAGAAAGUUGAAACCACAUCUCAGGGUCUUCUUGAUAAAGAGCAGAUGUUACUUGAAGCUCAGCAGGAGUCUUCUGAGCAGACGGGGCUCCUUCAGCAGCAGCUGGCGUCAGUAAAUGCAGAGCUGGACCAAUACAAAGAGACACAAGCUGUAGAAAUCCGAGUGAAAGAGACUGAACAGGCUGCCACUUUCAGAGAAAAGGAGGCUCUGGUUCAGGAAAAAGAAGUACUCAUGGCCAGGAUACUGCAGACGGAGAACAAUCGGAAAGCUCUGGAGAAACAACAUGAAGCUGUGGUGUUUGAGAAGGAUAGACUCGCUCAAGCCACGCAGGCCAUGGAGAGAGACGACAAGGAAGAUGAGAUUCAAAAAUUAAAAGAAUCUCAGAGUGAGAAAGAGAGCCAUAUCCUCAAGGCUGAGAAGAAGCUUCAGAUCCUCCAGACAGAGUUGUGUGCAUUCAACCAACUCUUGACGGACAAAGACCAACAUCUGAACACUCUUAGAGAGGAGGUCACUGCCCAAGCUAAUUUGAUUCAAAAAACAAAAGAGGAAGCUGAAGCCAAAGAGAAAAUGCUGACCGAUAUAAAGGAGGCGUGUUCCAACCAGACGGAUGACCUUCAACAUGAGAUACGGGUUCUGAAAGAGAACGUUGAAACCACGUCUCAGAGUCGUCUUGAUAAAGAGCAGAUGUUACUUGAAGCUCAGAAGGAGUCUUCUGAGCAGACGGGGCUCCUUCAGCAGCAGCUGGACCAAUACAAAGAGACACAAGCUGUAGAAAUCCGAGUGAAAGAGACUGAACAGGCUGCCACUUUCAGAGAAAAGGAGGCUCUGGUUCAGGAAAAAGAAGUACUCAUGGCCAGGAUACUGCAGACGGAGAACAAUCAGAAAGCUCUGGAGAAACAACAUGAAGCUGUGGUGUUUGAGAAGGAUAGACUCGCUCAAGCCACGCAGGCCAUGGAGAGAGACAACAAGGCCUCUCAUAAACUGGAAUCUUUGCUACAGCAUGAGAUGGAGAUAUUGAAAAAGGAGAAGGAGAUACUCUUGAAAGAGAAAGAAAAAGCAGACGAAACCCAAACACUAAAGAAAGACCUACAAGAACAGCUGUCGGCUAAAUCUGAGGCUGCAGAACACUACAAAGCACAGAUGGAGAAGGCCAUGAGCCAUUACAAUGGCAAAAAGCAGCUUCUCCAGGAAAGCCAAGAGGAGGCGAUUAAACUCAAGCAAUCCUUGGAGGUGAAAGAGCAUGAAGUAAAUGAUACUACCAUGGGAAAUCAUCUGCUUCAACUUGAUUUGGAUAAGGCCCACACCAACGAGAAAGCACUUUUGAACAAGGUGGCCAGUUUAGAGGCACAGCUGGCGUUUGCUGACCGUAACCUGCGUGCACAGAACAAGUUUCAUGGUAAUGAAGGAAGCUCGCUGACGUCCCUUAACAUGGAGGUUCCCAAUACACACUCAAGUGUAAACACUAAAGCAAAGGAGAAGAAAGCCAUAAGCUCUGACAGCCUGGACUACAGCUCCAUGGAAGACUCUCUAAACAACACAAGAAAACUUUUAGCGCCUGAUGAAUCAAGCACACCGCUUGUUCGCAGUUCAGAGCGCUUGGCAGCCAAACACAGAGGUCUACAGGCGGAGUCCCUGGAGACCCUGUACUUUACACCUAUAAACAGCAGACAGAUCAACAGAAUCAAUGCGGAGCACACACACAAGCUGGAUUCAACACGGAAAAAUCCAACUUCCUCUGUGAAGCGACGAAGGACCACACAGGUUAUUAACAUCACCCUGACCAAGAAAACCCCAGGCGGCGGUGAGCAUGAUGACACUUUCUACAGUCUGGCCUCGGCUCGCUCCCAUCCAAACAUCUCCAGUGCCCACUCUGCACGCCCCGUAUCUAUGACGCUGUUCGACACGCCUGCCAGAUUGACCGGCGCUGCCAGCGACCAGCUCAUCGGUCUUCCAGGCUACAGGCGGAGCACCAUGCAUUCACAGCCUGCAUUCUGUGCGGGGGAUGAGAACGAGUCUGACAGUGGUACUGAUGAUUGGAUGAGGAUUGCCGAGCUCCAGGCCAGGAACAAGGCCGUCCUUCCUCAUCUGAAGAGCAGCUACCCCGUGGAGUCUGACCCAUGCCGUGGCGCGACAUUCCUCUUCACAGACGAAGAGCUCCGUACGGGCGACCCGUCUGACACCAUCCGCCGGGGGUCCACCAUGCCGGGCCAGCUGCAAGAUUCUCUCGCCUCCCAUCGGCACUCUCUCAUGGUGGGACACUCGGCUGCCGCUGCCAAUACUCGUUCUCACCGUCUGUCCUUGAUGCCCGAGCUGCCAUCAAAAACCGUCAGCUCCUCUCAGCUGAGAAGCCCGAAAGGCACCAAGCGGUCUUCAUCUACGCUGUCCGUACACCAAACUUCGCCUGAGAAAAAGGUGAGGGCCAGCUGUUUCCCCCGACCACUCACUCCCAAAGCCAAGAACGUGAUGAGUGAGCCUUUCAACUCUCAGAUUCGAACCGCCCUCAGUCCAGUUGAUCGGAGGCAGUCAAUGAUGUUCAGUAUUGACAACACCCCUCAAAAAACCAGCAACUUCCUUACAAAAAACAUAAACAAACUACGCAGCUCCACUCGGAAAUCCCCAGGAAAAACUUCAAAGAAGUCGCCUGCUCAGAAGUCUGUGCAUAAAAAUGAAAACAACCCUGCGGCAGAUUCCCGUGCUGGAGUGGCACGGACAGGAAAAAUUGGCAGCUCUAAAUCCCCUCAGGUUGCCACUAAAGGACAGAAAGCCACCAGCAGGUCUGCAAAGUCUCCUGGACUGUCUAGUGCUCGCAAGAUGAUGAGCAGGAUGAAGGUUUGAGGACUGGUUCCCAGUGAUGAUCGUCUACGGUUUUACUUAAAUCAUAUUUUUUACGCUGAAAUCUCUUUUAUAAUGUUGUCCUUGUAUAAUUGUUUUUAUCUUUUCUUUAAAAUUAAAUUACUUUUCAUUUAAUCUGUAUUAUAUUUACAUGUUUGUCAAUAAAAGUGAUAAAAUACACUAUA